UCCAAACUCUAAAUUUGUUUCUCUUUUCUUUCCACAUUUUGCAAACAUCUUUAAAUCUUGGUUUCCAAAGAUUCUUGCUUUUCUUCUAAGUAUUACAGUAAACCUAAUUCUCCUUUAUCAUCCAUCUUCUUGUUGUUCUUCGUUCUUUAUUUUCUUUAACUCAUGGGAGCUUAUAAUCUGUGGAAAAUUUGACUAAUUGCAAAGAUUUUGUUUAAGAGUUCGGGUUUGAGAAAAGUCUUGUUUGGGUUCUUGUUUGCUGAUCAUGGUGUCACCAGAUUCCAAUACAAACUCUAACAACAUUCAUCAAUUUCUCAUUUCAAACCCAACCCACUAUGAAAGUCAACCUUUUGAGGCUUAUGGAGUUGACUUGAGAGGCCUUGGUUCAUACCAACAUCAAUCUCUGAAUGUACUUCCCACCAUUCAGUCUUUUGGUGAAAGAAUUUCAAGAUCCAUUGAUCUUAUCCAAGCUCCUUCAAUGGCGGAAGAACAAGAACUUAACCAACAUCACCAUAACCAGAAACUUUCACUUUCUUUAGGUUCCGGUUUGCUCUUUCCUUCCUCAGCUGAAUACAGAGGGGAAAGAUGUUACUUGGUUUCCGAAGAAGAAUUACAAGAAAAAACAAGAAAAGCUUUUAACCCUUCAGAUUAUUCUUCUUCGUCUUCACUUAACCAAUCUUCUUCCACGUUUUAUGGAACAGAAUCGCUCUCGAUAUCAGUAGGAAGUUCGAGGUACUUGAAACCAACUCAGUCUCUUCUUGAAGAAGUAGUUAGCGUCGGUGGGAAGGAUCUUGAAUCAAGCAACAAGUCUUAUGCGUGUAAAUUAUCAUGUUCGGGUAGGCAAGGUUCGCUAGGGUUAUGUUCAGAACUAAAAGCAGAAUUAUGCAGUAAUGGGUUGCCAUUUGAGAAACAAGAACUUCAAGCGACAUUAGCAAAGCUCAUUUCUUUAUUAGAAGAGGUGGAGAGAAGAUACGAUCAAUAUUAUCAGCAACUAGAAGAUGCGGUUUCCUCAUUCGAAAUGAAUGCAGGUUUAGGAUCAGGGAAGUCAUACACUGCAUUAGCACUAAAUGCGAUGUCAGGACACUUUUCAAGCUUGAAAGACGCAAUUUUGUCACAGAUUUAUGCAACCCGAAAGAAAAUCUUGCAAGAUUUACCAAGAAUCAACAUGGGUUUUUCACAACUCAGCUUGUUCGAUAAAGAAAAUAAUAGACACAACCGUAUAGCCCUUCAACAGCUUGGAAUGAUGGCUAGCCCACGACAAACUUGGAGACCAAUUCGUGGUUUGCCGGAGACUUCUGUCAUGAUACUUCGAUCUUGGCUCUUCGAGCAUUUUCUUCAUCCGUAUCCAAACGACAGUGAAAAACUUAUGUUGGCAUCACAGACGGGAUUGUCAAAGAACCAGGUGUCCAAUUGGUUUAUAAAUGCUAGGGUCCGAUUGUGGAAACCAAUGAUCGAGGAAAUGUACAAGGAAGAAUUUGCAGAUUCAUCCGAGGAUUCAAAUUUGUAACCUGGUACAAAGAAGGGCGUCACAGAACCUGGAUAAUGAAGGUUGCAGCGAUGUUAACAUCUGUGAAAUGUGUAGGAUUUUAAUGGGAUUUUCAUAGUCAAAGACUAGAAAUGAAUGCACACUUUUGUCAUCAAGUUAAUUGGAUGAAACUGUCCUGGGGUUGAACUUUUUGACCUCAAAAGGGUAACAAAUAAGUGUUCAUUAAUGGAUCUACAAGCAUCUAAUUUUGUGGCAA